AUGACUCUAGCACUUCUAUCGACACCGGAAGAAAUCAAACAGGAUAAGAAAGGCAUGAAUUUGGCACUCAAUCAAUUACUUCAUUUAGUGAUGGACGCUGCGAAAGGUAAUCGUUUUCGAUGUGACGACUUUCAUGUCAGUGAACCAUUGGGUGUUUUCGUGAAAAUGUUCAUAGUGGAAGAACGUACAUUAGAUUAUAUUCUCUGUUAUACUGAAACAGAACCAUCAUCGGAUAUGGUAUCAACUAUUCGUCUAUUUAUCUCCCUAUUCAUGGAUUAUGUGAAUGCUUUUAAAGGAAUUGAUUGCUUAGAACAAUUUACUCGGAUCGCUCUCUUGAAUAUUCUUUGGAAUAUUUCGUUUCAAGCGAAUUAUACACAAGAAUUGGCACUUGAUGAAAAAUUAAUUAUGACCAUUCGGGGUUUUCUCCACGAUGAGAGUGAACAAGAAAUGCUCGAACAAUACAAACCUCACUCGAUGGAAGGAGCACUACAAGCCGCCCAUUCAACUAAACUGACUGAUGUGUUCAACACCGUUCUAUUGUUUCUUGCACCAAGUAAAGCGGAAAACGUCGAACAUCUUCCACCAUCACCACAACAUUAUGAUCCAGUAAGGCCUAUUUAUCCAGUCACUUUUUCCACUGUUAAUUGGUUUGCCCAUCAUCGAAUAUCGAAAGAACUUCGUAAUUUAUUCGAUUUUCAAACUGGUGAAGAAAUUCUUGACUAUGCUCGAUUACUAGAUAGUAAACGAUCGAGACAAACAGAUGAACAUUUAUGCUAA